AUGCCUAAAUCAACAUCAAAAACACUGAAGGUUCCCAAACCCAGUAAACCAACGUCCAAGACUUCAAGCAAAUCAUCCACGAAGUCGCCAAAAGUUACUAGGAAAACCAAGCCGGAUAAAGUUGUCAGUGGGGCGGAAAAUCCUGCAAUUACAAACACCGUGUUCGAGGACACGCUAAGACAGGAGAAUCUAAGCCGAGAAUUUAUUCGACAGAUUACAGGCAGCAAUGAAACCGGUCCCAAUGCUGUACCGUUGGAUCCGAAGGUUGACCUAACCAAGGGCCAUCUGGAGCCACCCAAGCUUCAAGGAAGCAAACCAGAUGGAUCAAUUUUUACCGGCUCGGAAGUUUCAAAACUGGAACCGAAUGUCAGAUUGCCCUCAGCUCAGGCCGAUAUUCCAAAAGUUCAACCACCAACUUCUACCGAACUCGAUGUUCCAAAAUUAGAAAAGGAAGCUGAAAUACCUCCAAAUCUGGUCGAGGUGCCUACUGGUAAACCACAGAUAAAAAAGCCAUCAAUUCCAACUGGCAUAGAGAAUCCCAAAGUAGAAACAUCAGGGAAAUUACUUACGGGGCAGGUCGAUAUGCCCGUAAUUCAGCCUAAGUUACAAGCUGCCUCAAACCCUACCAACGACGACCUUCCAAAAUUAGAAACGUCAAAUAAAGUAUCUUUGGAUCCGGUCACUCUGCCCAAAGUUCAACCAGAGCUAAAGGACGUCCCAGUCAUCCCUGAGGUGGACAAGACAAAUGUCGCUCUUCGCCAGAAAAAUCCUGCAACUAAUAGGCGAGUACCAUUUCAUUAUAAUUAUCACAAGCUUUCAAACACUGGAAUAGCUGACAAUUUUUAUUUGCAUGCUUCCAUCAUCCGGUGCGAUCCGUUCCUCAACACAUUUCUGAUGGAUGAGUUGCUAUGGGUAAGAGCCAGUCUGGCUCCGUAG